UACUACACGUUGCCUCAGAUUUGUAUUACCGGUAGCUGUAUUGCCAAAAUAAACCACGAGACUGUUAUUAAUAAUAGACUCCAACCUCACUGUUUACUCCAUUUUCCACAUUGACAUACCAUUCAUUAGCACUGUAUUAUGCAGUGUCUGUGUUUGUCCCAGCCUACCAUUUUAACCCUUAAAGCUUGCCUUCUUCCUUCUUUCUCCCCAAACCUAUUUCCUUUAAGGGUUGCUGAUGGUCACGUGACCGUGUCCACCAACCACUGACUAACAGAGUAGGACAGCACACACACACACACACUCUCUCUCUCUCACUCACUCAUACUCGGUUAUAGGGAAUAUAACCCAUACCGUACCAGAAUACUGAUCCUAGCAAACAUCAGUCGCCAUCCAUUAUCAGAUAUACAGAUAACAGCCUUGCACAAGAGCAUCUUUACUUUGGUGAAGGACAGGACACAGAUAGAGGACAUCCUGCGCGACAUCCUGAAGCAUUGUUUGUUUUGUUUUGUUAUUUUUGUCCAUUUCGGGUUGCAUUUCCUCUACAACCUCUUCGGAACGCUCCGGAUCCUAAUCGUCGCGCAACAAAUCCUUAUCAUUUGAUUGACUGAUUGAUUUAUUUAUAUAUCUAGAGACAUCCGGAAAAUCCGGUAGCCUACGUCACCGACGUAACCUUCUCGCGUUACGUAACACCGACGAGCGCAACCGUGCGCCAAAUCCCUCAUGUCAAGACGCACACCUAUGAAGCGCUGUCUUCAUUACAGGAUCUGAAGAAAAGCCGCAUAUCCUAUUCUUGUUAUUUGUGCAGUAUUAUAUAGGCUAUUUGGUUUGGAUUUUUGUCGGCCAACAGCCUAUGUUCUUGCUCCGGUUCAUUCCUUAGUGCGAAACGGAUUGGUGAGGAAAAAAAAAAAAAAGAAACCCAAAAAAACAUGUCGGGCCAGACGCUGACGGAUCGCAUCGCCGCCGCGCAGUACCAGCUCACCGGCUCGGACGUGGCUCGGGCUGUGUGUAAAGCUACCACACACGAGGUGAUGGCGCCUAAGAAGAAGCACCUGGACUAUCUGAUCUCCGCCACCAAUGAGACCAAUGUGAACAUCCCACAGAUGGCUGACACGUUGUUCGAGAGGGCGAUGAAUGCCAGCUGGGUGGUGGUCUUCAAAGCGCUCGUCACCACACACCACAUGUGUAUCCAUGGCAAUGAGAGGUUCAUCCAGUACCUGGCCUCCAGGAAUUCACUCUUCAACCUCAGCAAUUUUAUCGACAAAACCGGUACUCACGGCUACGACAUGUCCACAUUUAUCAGACGAUAUGCGCGGUACCUCAACGAGAAAGCGUACGCUUACCGUGCAAUGGCCUUCGAUUUCACUCGAGUCAAGAAAGGUGCUGAUGGAGUGAUGAGGACUAUGGCUCCUGAAAAACUGCUAAAGGCUAUGCCGGCUCUGCAGACUCAAGUGGACACGCUACUGGAAUUCGAUGUUCAUCCCAAAGACUUGAACAAUGGCAUCAUCAAUGCAGGAUUCCUGCUUCUCUUCAAGGACCUGAUUAAACUCUUUGCCUCCUACAACGACGGCAUUAUUAAUUUAUUAGAGAAAUAUUUCAAAAUGAAGAAAUCUGACUGCAAGGAGUCGCUUGAGAUCUAUAAGAAGUUUCUGACGCGAGUAACGAAGAUUUCAGAGUUUAUGAAAAUCGCAGAGCAAGUCGGCGUGGACAAAAAUGACAUUCCUGACAUAUCUUAUGCUCCCAGCAGUAUUCUGGAAUCUCUGGAGACACACAUGAACAGUCUAGAGGGAAAGAAAGGAGAGGGGUCUCCGACAAAGGGAUCACCCACCAACAACGUCUCUCCGACGUCCACUCCGUCCAAAUCCGGAGCCUCUGUGCCCACCCUGGAGCCGCCGCCCACAGAGGCUGCGGCUGCGGCUGCGUCCGCUUCCGCCGAGCCUGCCACUGAUUCUCUGCUGGACUUGGAUCCGCUGUCUUCUUCAGGGCCGCCUGCUUCAACUGCUCCAACAUCCUGGGGAGAUCUUUUGGGGUCAGAAUUCGGUUCCUACACUACGGAGAGUCUCCUCCCUGACCCCACCCCUGCUGUAGACUCUACCUCUCCUGCGACAGCUGUGUCUAGUCCCCCAGCUGGUGAAGGCGCUGCUUCUGUAGCCCCUCCCUCUACCGCCGCUGGCCCAACCCCGAGCUCGGCGGAUCUCCUAGGAGGUGCGUUUGGAAGCCCAUCAGCUGAACCGGCAUCUGCUGUGGAGACGGGGGGUUCAGGCACCACGGCCGCUCCUGCCGCUGAUGCUUCUGCUACAAAUGACUCUGCAGGUGCAGGCAAUGGCCAACCCACAGCUCCAGCACCAGCAGCAUCUGCAGGAGGAGAUCUAAUGGGAGCGUUUGGUGGCUUGGGGGAUAUGCUCAUGCCAGCCAUGGCCCCUCAGCCAGCUGGAGCAGCUCCCAUGGCAGCCUCACCAGUUAAACCAGUGGGAGGGAAUCUGGACUCUACUAUGGCCAAUUUAGCUGGAAAUCUGGGAAUGGGGACUCAGAAACCCGGUGAAGCAGCGGGAGGGGCGAACUGGCAAGCGCAGGUAGCAGCCCCUAGCUGGGGCAUGCCCAUGCCUGUGCCCUCCAUGGUCUCUCCUCUCAUGGGGUCCCAGUUGCCAUUUAGCAUGCCCGGUGCAACAGGCGCAGCUCCCAUGAUGUUCCCCCAGCAGCCUAUGAUGAGACCGCAGUUUCCUGCUGCAGGAGCGUCUGCAGCACCGAUGUCUUCUGGAAUGACCCAAAGCCCAAGAAAGCCUCCUCCUCCCAAAGAUCCCCUUGCUGACCUGAACAUCAAGGACUUCCUAUAGGUCACCAUCAGCAAGUCAGCGACUAUGACCCUGAGGAAAUGGAUGUGUGCAUUUCUUUUCAGAUCAGUAUCCUCAGGGUCUCCUUCCGUCCCUCCCUCCCUCCCUCCCUCCCUCUUUCUGUCUAAUGUUGUAUUACAAACUGUGAAAGUGAUAAUGUAUACGUGUGUGUGCGUAUUUUAAUGUUUCCAGGCUAUAUUUAAAAAGGCAACCCAUUUAAAAAAAAAAAAAAAAAACGGUAUUGAUGGAUGCAUCCUCGUACAUCCGCAGUGGUGGGUGUGUAUUCCUUUUUGGUUUUUCCUGCCUUGUUUUUUUUUUUUUUUGUUUUUGUUUUGUUUCUUUUCUGUGAGGAACCCAAACAGAUGUGUAAUGUUUCUGUGGAGAAAAAUAAUGUGUUUGGUGUGGUACAUAUCACUGGGCUUACUGGAUCCAUGUCGUCAUUGAAGUAUUAGUUGUCUAGCUCUUAGCCAUACAGCAUCUGGUUCUGGGACACACAUGAAUGAACAUAGCGUUAACGGACGUAUUAAGGUUUGUGUAGCAUCUCCGUUCUGUUUUUACUAAAUAUCCUGCUUUUCUUCCUCUUCUGUCAGUGACACGUGACACGCCACAUCGGACUAGGCCUAUUAACAACCAAUAUGCAUUUGGAAUAUUUUAUCUUUAGUCUUUAUUUUGAGAUAAAAGAAUCUAUUUUAGUUAUGUUGAAAGUACUUUAUGUAUUAAAAGAGGUGGUACAAAAUAUUUGCGCUUGUAAAAAAAAUUUAAAAAAUAAAUACAUGUAUUCCUGCCACCUGAAUGCAACCUAGCUCUGUUUAACGGCACCUUGUAGUGAAUAGUGGUAGCGCACUAGCACAAGAGCACAGCAGUUCCGUGGAUCUAAAACUUGCAGUAGAUGGUAAGAUAUUUACAGAUUACAUCUACAAAACCAUCCGCCAUUGGUUUUACAAUCAGUCCAUAAUAAUGACUAAACUGGCGUGUUGAUCCAUUGCAGUAAGGAAAUGUGGGGGGAAAAAACAAAACAAAACAAAACAACAAACCCUGGUUGGUAGAACGUCUGGUGGAAUAAUGUUAUAUUAACAGUGGAUGUGCUGGUUAGGUUUGCUUUCCCCCCUUUUUUUUUUUUUUUUGGGUGGAUCUUAAUUUUUUGGAUGUAAUAAUCCCCUUCUGUCCCAAUACUCUUCUGUGCAUGUAAGUCCUGUUGAAAUGCAAUAAACAGUUACCUGGAAAACACGCCAUGUGUUUCGCACAUUCGAUUAUUUAUGCCGUUUUGCAUCAAAUACGGUCACGGAUACACCUCCAGACCGCACGAUCACAGUACAGAGACUAACAUUUUAGCUAAUGUUAAAAACAUCCAGUAAAAAAACAUUGCUUGUUAUAGCAUAUACAGUACAUCAAUGUUGUGGAACGUCCACGAGACAAGUUCGUUCCUGUUUAUGGCUUAUGUUAUAGCAACAGUCUUCCCCUCACUAGUUUCUCCUUGUCUAACUCUCACUCAAAAACCACCGCUCGUCAUUUUACAGAGAAAUCCGGAACGUGUAAACUCCUCUGUCGUCAAGACGUCCACGUGUUGGGAAACUUUGCAGAGCACCGUGACUCGAUGUUAAAUAAAUGUCUCCUAACAAAUAACUUCACAGAAUCAGCGAUCAUAUGUUUUACUUUGUUAAACAAUACUUUAUUAUUAUUUUAAAUCUGUUCAAUAUUAGAUUAUGUAGCGUGUUACUAUAGAAACCAUGACGUAUCAGAACAAGCACAUUACUAUAAUAAUUAAUAUAGGAAUGACACAGGAUGUAUUGAACACGCUAAGAAAAAUCAGUUCUCCAAAGCAAGGCAAGGAACCAGUUUAAAUCUGUAAGUAAUUACACCCCCUAUCUGUGUAAAUUAAUAUCAGCUGGGUUAGUAAAGUGAUGGUCUAUAAAAAGGCUUUUUGUUACCAAGGUGUCACACAAGAAACGUCUCAUGAUGGAUAAAAACAAAGAGCUCUCCCAAGACUUUCACAAACUUAUUGUUGUGAAACAUAUUGAUGGAAUCAGAUACGGACGUAUUUCAAAACUUCUGAAUCUUCCAGUAAGCACCACUGGGGCCAUUAUCUGCAAGUGGAAGCAACAUCACUCCGUCAUCAACCGGCCACGCACAGGAGCUCCUCGCAAGAUUUCUGACCAGGGAGUCAGAAGAACAGU